UCUCCCCGGCCGCGCCCCGCCCGCCGCGGCUCCCCAGCCCCAGGCCGGGAGGUAGGACGGCGCCGGCGGGAGCCGGGGACCCCACUCCGGGGCCCAGAUGGGGGAACCCCGGGCUGGGGCCCCCCUGGACAAUGGCAGCAGCUGGACAGGCAGUGAGGAAGGCAGCGAGGAGGGCGCCGGGGGCAGCGAGGGGGCUGGAGGAGACGGGGGCCCGGAUGCAGAAGGCGUCUGGAGUCCAGACAUCGAGCAGAGCUUCCAGGAGGCCCUGGCCAUCUACCCGCCGUGCGGCCGCCGGAAGAUCAUCCUGUCGGACGAAGGCAAGAUGUACGGUCGGAAUGAACUGAUUGCCCGCUACAUCAAACUGAGGACGGGGAAGACCCGAACCCGCAAACAGGUCUCUAGUCACAUCCAAGUUUUGGCCAGAAGGAAAUCAAGAGAAAUUCAGUCCAAGUUAAAGGCCCUGAAUGUGGACCAGGUUUCCAAGGACAAAGCUUUCCAGACGAUGGCCACCAUGUCCUCGGCCCAGCUCAUCUCAGCCCCUUCCCUGCAGGCCAAACUCGGCCCCACCGGUCCUCAGACCUCGGAGCUUUUCCAGUUUUGGUCAGGGGGCUCUGGGCCCCCCUGGAACGUUCCAGACGUGAAGCCGUUCUCACAGCCGCCGUUCUCCUUGUCACUGACGCCGCCGUCUGCGGAUCUCCCAGGGUACGAGCCCCCUCAAGCCCUCUCGCCCCUGCCCCCGCCUGCCCCAUCACCCCCGGCUUGGCAGGCUCGAGCCCUGGGCACUGCCCGGUUGCAGCUGGUGGAAUUCUCGGCCUUCGUGGAGCCGCCUGAUGCAGUGGACUCUUACCAGAGGCACCUGUUCGUUCACAUCAGCCAGCACUGCCCCAGCCCCGGAGCGCCCCCCCUGGAGAGCGUGGACGUCCGGCAGAUCUACGACAAAUUCCCCGAGAAGAAGGGCGGCCUGCGGGAGCUGUAUGACCGUGGGCCCCCCCACGCCUUCUUCCUGGUCAAGUUCUGGGCGGACCUGAACUGGGGCCCAAGUGGUGAGGAUGUGGGGGCCGGCGGCGGUGGCACCGGCGGCGGCGGCAGCAGCAGCGGUGGCUUCUACGGAGUGAGCAGCCAGUACGAGAGCCUGGAGCACAUGACCCUCACCUGUUCCUCCAAGGUCUGCUCCUUCGGCAAGCAAGUGGUGGAGAAGGUGGAGACAGAGCGGGCCCAGCUGGAGGACGGGAGGUUCGUGUACCGCCUGCUGCGCUCCCCCAUGUGCGAGUACCUGGUGAAUUUCCUGCACAAGCUGCGGCAGCUGCCCGAGCGAUACAUGAUGAACAGUGUCCUGGAAAACUUCACCAUCCUGCAGGUGGUGACCAACAGAGACACCCAGGAGCUGCUGCUGUGCACCGCCUACGUCUUCGAGGUCUCCACCAGUGAGCGCGGGGCCCAGCACCAUAUUUACCGCUUGGUCAGGGACUAAAGGGUAACCCUGGAUCACGCUCGUCCCAAGACAGCCUCCCGGCUCUCCCCACGCUUCCUAUCUGGGGAGGGGGCUGUGACGAAAAGGGGCUGAGCCAGCCAGGCUGUCCCCCAAUAUAGGGGGCCCCCCACAACCUGGUUGGUGAGCUGAAGGGGCUGGGGCUGUUUGGACCACACAGGGUGAGUCUGGAAGGACUCAGAGCGGGAAGUCGGGUACGGGGACGGGAGUGAGACAACCCCCAGGUACUGGCCUUGGCCCCUCCCCCCCCACUCCGAGAUCUGUGCUGUCACAAACUGAAGAUCGACCCCUCUCUGCCGGAGCCAGAGCCAGGUGGGCCCUAGAAAUAUUUUUUUUUAAUAUAACAAGAUAUUUAUAAGUGAGUGUUAGGGUCACGACGUAUCUCAGCUGGGCAAGCAGUGGGGUGGGGUUUUCCAAUGUCACCCUCCCCUUCUCAGCCGUGGGCGGGGCUGUGCUGCCUCCCCCACGCCCCCCACGAGUGUGUGUUGGUUCGUGUUCUGACAAGAGGAUAAAGCUAUUUUACCAAAACGCAAGGGGAUUUAUU